AUGGGCUCGGAUAUUUCUAUACGGAGAGUGGAGAGUAUUGAAUUUGGCAUAUUGUCUCCAGAGGAUAUUAUAGCAAUGAGUGUGUGCAAAAUAGAACACCCGGAAACAAUGGAAAGCGGAGUACCAAAAGAAGGAGGAUUAGUCGAUCUGCGGCUGGGAACUUCGGAAAGAGGAUUUCUUUGCAGCACAUGCGGGCACAGGUCAGAUAGCUGUGUGGGGCAUUUUGGGUAUAUUGAGUUGGCAAAGCCCGUCUUUCACAUAGGGUACAUAGGAAAAAUAAAAAAGGUACUGGAAAGCGUGUGCUUUUUCUGCUCCAAGCUGCGGGUAGAAAAGAGUAGUCUGCCUUCGCCCAAGCCAAGAACACAGAAAGAGAGAAAAAGAAGGCUGAAUUACAUAUGGAACUUGGCAAAGAACAGAGCUAUCUGCAUGGGAGAAGUGGUGUCAAACGAGGACAACCCUGAAGAGGCGCUCAGAACUGGCUGUGAAAAUAGACAGCCUACCAUAAGAAAAGAAGGGCUGCAUUUGCUCGCAUUCCAGAAGGGCGAGGAGUCUUCUGAGGGAAAGACCAUGCUGAGCGCAGAGAAGGUUCUAGAGAUACUUCGAAGAAUACCAGAGGAAGACAUUGAGGCACUCGGGUUUGAUCUGGAAAAGGCCCGGCCAGAGUGGAUGGUCAUAAGGAUACUUCCUGUGCCGCCUCCGCAGGUCAGGCCAUCCAUUGUCAUGGAGGGCUCUCUUAGGUGCGAAGAUGAUUUGACACACAAGCUGGCAGAUAUCAUCAAGGCCAGCAACAACCUGAAGAGAUAUGAGCAGGAAGGUGUGGCUGGGCAUAUUAUUCGAGACUAUGAACAGCUGCUGCAGUUCCAUAUUGCAACCUUGAUGAACAACGAUAUCUCAGGGCAGCCGCAAUCUCUCCAGAAGAAUGGAAGACCGCUUAAGGCUAUUCGGGCCAGACUGCGGGGAAAAGAAGGGAGAGUGAGAGGAAACCUCAUGGGGAAGAGAGUUGACUUCAGUGCACGUACAGUUAUCACCGCAGACCCAAAUAUAAGUAUGAAUGAGGUAGGAGUCCCUGAGGAGAUUGCAAAAAUGCUGACUUUCCCGGAGAGAGUGACAGAGUACAAUAUUAGCAAGCUGUCGCAGCUUGUCCAAAGAGGGCCGUACAAUCACCCAGGUGCAAACUACGUUGUAAGAGACGAUGGGCAAAAGAUAGACCUGCGGUUUCACAAGGGAGAAGUGAAUUUGCAGAUUGGAUAUGUGGUUGAGAGACACUUAAGUAAUGGAGACACUGUGCUAUUUAACAGACAGCCAUCUCUGCACAAAAUGUCUAUGAUGGCACACAAGGCAAGGGUGAUGAAGUACUCUACCUUUAGGCUGAACCUGAGUGUUACUGCACCGUACAAUGCAGACUUUGACGGGGACGAAAUGAAUCUACAUCUACCGCAGUCAAUACCUGCGCAGACAGAGUUGAAGGAGCUUGCUCUUGUGGAGAAGAAUAUUGUCUCGCCGCAAAGUAACAAGCCGGUGAUGGGUAUUGUUCAGGACACGCUGAUGGGGGUGUACAAGCUCACAAGAAGAGACCUAUUCCUGACUAAGAGCCAGGUGAUGCAUCUGCACUAUGCAAUUGACAACGGAGGCAAGUAUCUGAAGCCCACUAUUCUAAGGCCGGCUGUGCUCUACACAGGAAAGCAGAUCUUUUCCGCAACACUUCCAGAUGUUACAUACACGGGGCUGCACUCAGAGCACGUCCAUGGCAAGAACUAUAAAGCAAACCCAAUGGACACAGAGGUUGUGAUCAAAAAUGGAGAGCUUCUGGCCGGGAUAAUUUGUAAAAAAACAGUUGGAACUGCAUCUGGCGGACUAAUUCAUGUGAUUGCAAAUGACUUUCCGAGAAGCGUCUGUGUUGACUUUAUAGAUGCGCUGCAGAGAGCAAUUAGCAGCUGGCUUAUGUCGUAUGAAACAUUCUCUGUUGGAAUAGGGGACACAAUUGCAGACCCAUCCUCCAUGGACAUGAUCAAAGAGGCCAUUGAGCAGGCAAAGAGUGAUGUAAAGGAUAUUAUUGUACAGGCAGAAAAUAAUAACCUUGAGCGCCUGCCAGGGCUGUCAAUGCGAGAGUCCUUUGAGGCAGCUGUUACUUUGGCUCUGAACAAGGCUCGAGACACAAGCGGUACGUCCACGCAGAAAAAUCUGAGAUCGCAAAAUAAUAUUAAGCAAAUGGUGGUGUCGGGAUCAAAGGGAUCGUACAUUAAUAUAUCUCAGAUGAGUGCAUGUGUAGGACAGCAGAGCGUGGAGGGAAAAAGAAUUCUGAAUGGGUUUAGAGAUAGAUCUCUGCCGCAUUUUACAAAGGAUGACUUCACUGCGGAAUCCCGCGGGUUUAUCAGCAGCUCAUAUGUCGCCGGGUUGUCGCCUGUUGAGUUCUUCUUCCACGCAAUGGGAGGAAGAGAAGGGCUGAUUGAUACUGCAGUCAAAACUGCUGAAACAGGGUACAUCCAGAGAAGGCUGAUCAAAGCCCUGGAGGAUGCCCAGGUGCGGCAUGACAAGAGUGUGCGGGAUGGAGAAGGCCAUGUUAUACAGUGCGCGUACGGAGGAGACUGCUUUGAUGCCACCUAUGUGGAGAUGCAGUCGCUUUCUCUGUUCUGCUCGCCAGAAAAAUUUGCAGAGCAGUAUAUCAUAGACUAUUCAGUGCUUUCUGACUACCAGCUGGCUCCGUCAAUACUAAACUCGCUAAGGCUUCCCAAGACAAAAGCUCUUCUGGCAGCAGAGACAAAGAUGCUGCAGGAAGAGGCCAAGGCGCUGCAAGCCAAAUACACGAAGGGAAAGAAACCUCUCCCAGUUCCUCUGGAGAGGAUAUUCAGCAGAGCUGCCAAGAUGCGAUCAUCCAUUACAUCGGCCUUCCCCGGUGUGGUAAUGAAAAUGGGCGAGGGCGGCAGCCAGAUGGGGCAGCAAGGCCGCAUUUCGCAAUAUGGAGCAGGGUCGUACGCGGGAGAAGUGGACAUUGAGAACAUUCGGUGGAGCAGCGAAGAUUUGAUGCCUGAGAAAAUAAUUAAAGCCCGUGAGGCUUUGGAGAAAGAGCUGCAAAACGCUAUUAGCCACGUGGGCGAGAUAGCAGAGGUUGCAUUUUCUCUGUUUAAGGCCCACCUUCGUGGAUUCUUCACAGUGAAGAGGGUGCUUUGCGAGUAUCGCCUUUCUUUGUAUGCAUUCAAUUGGGUGGUUGAGCAAAUAAGAACCUCUUUCCUGAAGGCAGUAGUCUCUGCAGGAGAGAUGGUGGGAACACUUGCAGCUCAGAGCAUUGGAGAGCCAGCAACACAAAUGACGCUGAACACCUUCCACUUGGCCGGAGUGGCAAGCACAGUGACAAGAGGAGUGCCGCGUCUCAAGGAAAUUAUUAAUGCUGCGCAGACAAUCAAGACCCCGUCUCUUACCAUAUAUCUAAAAGAAGAAAUACGAAACACGCUGGAGGGGGCUAAGAAAGCCCAGCAAGAAAUUGAGAGAUGCUAUCUUAAAGAUAUACUCUUAAGGUCUGAGAUAAUCUAUGACCCAACAAUGAAAGCAGUCAAGUCAGAUGAAGACUUUAUAUUUGCGUAUGGUAUACUUGACCCAACAAUCUACUCGCCAGACUCUCCAUGGAUGCUUAGGCUGGUGCUGAACAGAAGUGCAAUGGUGGAUCGAGGAAUAAGAAUAGAGCAGGUUACAAAAACAAUAGCACAGAGCACCACAUACAGAUGCAUGCAUAGCGACCAUAACUCGGCCGAGCAGAUUAUAAGAUGCGAGCUGCCAAAUUCUGAAGACUUGCUGCGAAAAAUAGAGACAAGUAUUUCAUGUAUUAUGGUCAAAGGAAUGCCAAAGAUCAAGCGGGUGUUUAUAAGCGAAAUAGGCGCAGAGGACAAGAAGGAGUAUGUGCUGCAAACUGAAGGAACCGGGCUGAUGGACGUGCUGGGCCAUCCUCUGAUAGAUCCAACCCGAACUGUAUCGAAUGACCCACUUGAGAUGAGCCAGGUGUUUGGAAUUGAGGCAGCCAGAACUAGCAUUUUAAAUGAAAUUCGAAUGGUGAUUGAGAGUGACGGUUCUUAUGUCAACUUCCGGCAUUUGGCAAUUCUUGCUGACAUAAUGACACAGAGAGGGCAUAUAUGCGGUAUCACAAGGCACGGCACAAACAGAGGAGAGUCAGGAGCUCUUAUGCGGUGCUCUUUCGAGGAAACCGUUGAAAUUCUUCUUGAGGCUGCAGCGAAUGCAGAAAUUGACCGCUGUAAGGGAGUUGUGGAAAGUGUUAUGCUAGGAAAUGUUGCUGCAAUAGGAACCGGAAUAACAGACCUUCUAAUUGACAAGAAGAGCAUUGAAAUGGGCGUUAUGGCCAUGGAAAAGUAUGAGUUCGAAGACGAGGAGUGCACAGACGAAGGCACACCGGUUGACCUCCUCUCCCCCUCGAGCACCAUACAUUCUGAUCUUACGCUUAUGUCUAGCUCGCCAGAUAGGUCUAUCCAUGGCUGGUCUCCACAGAACACAGAGAUUGGCUAUUCUCCGUCAAGCCCGUCUCUGUCAUAUGGAUACUCUGGCGGAGCAUACAUGCCAUCGUCGCCAAAAACAGUCUACUCACCCUAUCUCCAGAAUGUAUCUUCCCCAAGCCACCAGUAUGUUCCAACAACGCCUAAGAGAAUGCCUGGAAUGCACAACAGCCCAGGGAACGCAGGCAUUGGGGCAUACAACAUUAGCUCCCCCAGCUCGCAGAGGCUGUACGCUCCUAGUUCCUCCAUUCCUUCCUAUGGGUAUAAUAUGAUUGCGGAUGAUGACGAAAGCAGCAGCGACAGUAAAUCUGAUAAAUCAGAGUCAGAUGACUAA